AGACCCUUUCAGUGGAGAGGAGCUGUCUGCGCGCUAUAAGCGUCUGCAGCUUCGCCGGUCGCCGUAAACGUGAACGGCAGACUCUUUGUUUGACUUCGGGACCAGUCAAGUCACGCUCCGCGAUGGGACCUCUGAAUCUCGGCGACGACUUUCCCAACUUCAAGUGUCACACGACAGAGGGUGACUUCAUGUUCCACGAUUGGUUAGACGGAAGUUACGCAAUCCUGUUCUCGCACCCCGCCGACUAUACUCCGGUCUGUACGACCGAAUUAGCGAGAGCCGCGCAGCUGCAUCCGACCUUUGCGAGCAAGGGCGUGAAACUAAUCGCCUUAUCCUGCGACUCCGUCGAAAACCAUCGCGGAUGGAUCAAGGAUAUCGAAGCCUUCGGCGAAUUGCCGGAAGGUCCGUUCCCUUACCCCAUAAUCGCCGACGAGAAACGGGAGAUCGCAACUCUGCUCGGAAUGCUGGAUCCCGAGGAAAAAGACGCGGAAGGGAUUCCUUUGACCUGUCGAGCUGUUUUCAUGAUAGGGAAAGAUCGUAAAAUGAAACUCUCGAUGCUGUACCCGGCGACCACCGGCCGGAACUUUGAUGAGGUUCUCCGCGCUAUGGACUCGCUGAUCGUCACCGAAACCCGGAAAGUCGCUACCCCCGCCAACUGGAAGAAAGGAACUCCGUGCAUGGUGCUGCCGACGGUCACCGAGGAUGAAAUCCCGAAACUCUUCCCCACGGGCAUCAAGAAAAUAGAAGUCCCCUCUGGAAAGAACUACAUGCGAACAACAAUGGACUGAGGUGCUCCCUCGAGAACUGACAGCUUCAUCCAGCUGCAGACUUCAUUUCACCGACAGAUGGAGCUUGAGGCUCCGAGACUGAAUAAAAAACUUUUUUUCCAAA